GAGCCAAUUUGGACUUCCCGGCGAGCCAACCUUCUUGUCAUGGCUACAAUCCAAAUCCAUCAUACUGAUGUCUCUCUUAGCUGGAGGCAAUCAACCUCCACAAUCGGAUCAGAAUGGUGCCAUUCCGGUGCAAUCCACUGCCAUUACUCCGAUCCGCUUUGCGUUCAACACCCCCGUCCGCAAUUUACGGCCGAUGCUCAGGGAUAGCCUGAAACAGCGAUGGGAUGCCCCCCAGGUGUACUGCAACGCAGCCCAAUUACCAUCUUGGUGGCAACAUGGGGACCCAACUGAGCUGAAUCAUGCCGAAUUAGUCCACAUGCUUGCCUACUUGCAAGAAGGCGAUGAGGGGAGACUUCCUGAAGGGGCAACCUUCCGUUGGUACGAGGCGACCCCGACUUCACUCACAGUACAAGCUGCUGGAGCCACAAUAUCAGUAUCACCCAUAACGACUCCAGGGCCAGUAUCCUUGUCACUACCAGCAACAAUCUUGCAGCCACCCUUGUUGAAUGCCCCUCCCAAGACUCAUCACACUCAGUCGACAGAGCCUACACAGGUCAAUUCCCAAAUGCAAGCUACAACUCCUGUGUCCUCAACACUGUCGACAGCAACCUUGCAGCCAUCCUUGUCGAGCAUUCCUCUUAAGGCUCAGCCACCCCGGUCAAUCGAGCCUGCACAGGUCAAUCCCCAAAUGCAAGCUACAACUCCUGUAUCCUCAAUGCUGUCGACAGCGACCUUGCAGCCAUCCUUGUCGAGCAUUCCUCCCGAGGCUCAGCCACCCCAGUCAAUCGAGCCUGCACAGGCUAAUCCCUCAACGCAAGCCAUGACUUCUGUGUCUGCAAUGCCAUCAACAACAACCUCGCAACCAUCCUUGACAAAUGCCCCUCCCAAUGCUCAGCAAUCCCAAUCGAUGGAGCACAGCACUCAAUCCCAAGUCACUGCACAUGUGUCUUUGACACCACUGGCAAUGCCUGUGCAGUCGCUCUCAUUGACCAUCCCUCAAGAGCCUGCAAUAACCACGUCAAUGGAGACCAUACAGACAAGCAGCCCUCUCCAAGCUACAGGACCUGCUUUGUCGUCCGACAAUGCCUCCCAACCUCCCUCCAUCCUGUUACCUCAGUCAAGCUCCCCGGCAUCAACUGCUCCUCUAGGCACAAUCACUAACCAAAUGGAGUCAAAUGGGCAGAGUGUUCGUCGCAGUGGGAGGCAGGCUGCCCCUCCAAAGGAGCCACCCAAAAAGGCUACAGGGAAACGUGGAUAUGAAGACACCAUGCCGACCAAGCUGGUACAAACUCGGUCUGGUAGGAAAGUCCAACCACCACAGGCGAACAAGCGUACGAAGAAGUAG